CAGCAUUACGCCAUUCUUCCUUCUUGGAAAAAUCCCUCAGCCUUAUACAAGCCUCCUUGAAGCCCUCAGUCAGUUGUGCAGGAGAAAGGGGGCGGUCGGCUUUCUCCUUUCAAGAACGAGUUAUUUUCAGCUGCUGACUGGAGACGGUGCACGUCUGGAUACGAGAGCAUUUCCACUAUGGGACUGGAUACAAACACACACCCGGCAGACUUAAAGAGUCUCAGACUGAGGAGAAAGCCUUUCCUUCUGCCGCUCCCGCUGCUGCCGCUGCUUUUGGGGGUCCACUCCGUUCAUGGUUUUUCCUGCCAAACCAGAGGCACCUUCGCUGCUGCCGCCCUUCUCUUUGGUGUCAUUCAGCGGCUGGCCAGAGGAUGAGACUCCCCAAACUCCUCACUUUUUUGCUUUGGCACCUGGCUUGGCUGGACCUGGAAUUCAUCUGCACUGUGUUGGGUGCCCCUGACUUGGGCCAGAGACCCCAGGGGGCCAGGCCGGGAUUGGCCAAAGCGGAAGCCAAGGAGAGGCCCCCUCUGGCCCGGAGCGUCUUUAGACCAGGGGGUCACAGCUAUGGUGGGGGGGCCGCCAAUGCCAGGGCCAAGGGGGGCACCGGGCAGACGGGAGGCCUGACACAGCCCAAGAAGGAUGAACCUAAAAAGCUGCCCCCCAGACCGGGCAGCCCUGAACCCAAGCCAGGACACCCUACCCAGACCAGGCAGGCGGCACCGCGGACGGUGACCCCCAAAGGACAGCUUCCUGGGGGUAAGGCACCUCCAAAGGCAGGAUCUGUCCCCGGCCCCUUCCUGCUGAAGAAGGCCAGGGAGACUGGGCCCCCUCCAGAGCCCAAGGAGCCGUUCCGCCCGCCCCCCAUCACGCCCCACGAGUACAUGCUCUCGCUGUACAGGACGCUGUCCGAUGCUGACAGAAAGGGAGGCAACAGCAGCGUGAAGUUGGAGGCUGGCCUGGCCAACACCAUCACCAGCUUUAUUGACAAAGGGCAAGAUGACCGAGGUCCUGUGGUCAGAAAGCAGAGGUACGUGUUUGACAUUAGUGCCCUGGAGAAGGAUGGGCUGCUAGGGGCCGAGCUGCGGAUCUUGCGGAAGAAGCCCUCGGACACGGCCAAGCCAGUGGCCCCCAGCAUCGGGCGGGCUGCCCAGCUGAAGCUGUCCAGCUGCCCCAGCGGCCGGCAGCCGGCAGCCCUGCUGGAUGUGCGCUCCGUGCCAGGCCUGGACGGAUCUGGCUGGGAGGUGUUCGACAUCUGGAAGCUCUUCCGAAACUUUAAGAACUCGGCCCAGCUGUGCCUGGAGCUGGAGGCCUGGGAACGGGGCCGGGCCGUGGACCUCCGUGGCCUGGGUUUUGACCGGGCUGCCAGGCAGGUCCACGAGAAGGCCCUGUUCCUGGUAUUUGGCCGCACCAAGAAACGGGACCUGUUCUUUAAUGAGAUUAAGGCCCGAUCAGGUCAAGAUGAUAAGACUGUGUAUGAGUACCUGUUCAGCCAGCGGCGAAAAAGGCGGGCCCCACUGGCCACGCGCCAGGGCAAACGGCCCAGCAAGAACCCCAAGGCCCGCUGCAGUCGGAAGGCACUGCAUGUCAACUUCAAAGACAUGGGUUGGGAUGACUGGAUCAUUGCACCCCUUGAAUACGAGGCCUUCCACUGUGAGGGGCUAUGUGAGUUCCCCUUGCGCUCCCACCUGGAGCCCACAAACCACGCAGUCAUCCAGACCCUGAUGAACUCCAUGGACCCUGAGUCCACACCACCAACCUGCUGUGUGCCCACACGACUGAGUCCCAUCAGCAUCCUCUUCAUUGACUCCGCCAACAACGUGGUCUAUAAGCAAUAUGAGGACAUGGUUGUGGAGUCUUGUGGCUGCAGGUAGCAGCACUGGCCCUCCAUCUUCCUGGGGGGCACAUCCCAGGAUGCCGGUCACAAGAGCCCUACCCUACACUCCCAGGAGCAAAGAGGUUGGGAAGCAGCAGCCAAAAGCACCUACACAGCCUGUGUGGAAGGAGGGGUUCCAACAGCCUUGCUCUUAAUUUCUGAGUGGGACUGGGUUUGAGGUUCCUUUCUAUCCACAAGUCCCCUUGUCUGAGGAUUUCUGCCCUUCUGCUGCCCUGAUCCAGGAAGACAGACUUGAAUGGGACUAAGACCCAGGAGACCUUGCUUUCCAAAGAGACUCAGCCCUCAACCUCUCCUUACCUGGGGCUUUCUUGGCUUCUGGACUCUCCGGGGAGGGCUCCUCUUGGAAGAGCCACAGGUGCCACCCUCUCCUUGAAUCACCGUUGUGCCUGGCAAUUUCCUGCCCCUGGGCAGAUGUGAUGCUGAUUG